AUGGAGGAGUAUUUGGCGGCGGAGGGCGUUUCUGGCACGAACCAGAAGCGCACCAUGCGCGCCGUCCGCUCGCUCGUGCGCGGUGACGGCGUGCCGUUCCCGAAGGCCGCGAAGCCACCUCUCGCCGCCGGCCGCCCGCUCCGCUUGAGUGACGAUUUGGUCCAACUGCUGGCGGAGGCGCGCGAGUGGUGCCCAGCGGAGGAGGACAAGUCGCGAGGGUGGCUGUAUGCCCACCCGCUCAAGAAGCUGAUGCUCUUCAAGCGCGAGCGAGGCGCCUCGUGGCUUGGGAUGCCCCUGGCGCCGCCGCUCUCGAUGCUGGCGGAGGACAUGUCGAGCGACGACGAGGAGGACGAGGGCGAGGACGAGGAGGAGGGCAGGCCGCUCGCCGCGAGGGCUGCGCGGGCGAGGACGCGUCUCCUGGUCCGACCUCCGGGCGGCCGCGGCAUUCGGCGGCUCCUCUCACCAACGGCCUGCCCCCACCCGCCGCCGCGCGUGCGCUCCGUGUUUGCCGAGUUUGCGUACAACCCGUAG